UGCUGCCGCCGCCGCCCGGGCGAGGGGCGGCAGGGAGGGGUGGCCGCCGCCGCCCAGGCGGCAUAGCGCGGCGGGGCGGGGGGAGGGCCGCGGGGAGGCGGCGGCGGCGGCGGCCUCCUCCGCCGAGGCCUGGGCCGGCCCGCCGCCGCCGCCGCUCGGCCGAUGCGCCCGGAGCGCCCGCCAUGGACAAGAUCCUGGAGGGGCUGGUGAGCUCGUCGCACCCGCUGCCGCUGAAGCGGGUGAUCGUGCGGCGGGUGGUGGAGUCGGCCGAGACGCCGCUGAGCCAGGCGCAGUGCCGCGCCAUGUUCGCCCUCAGCACCCGGCUGGUGCUGCAGGGCCCCGACCCCUUCCAGCGGCAGGUGGGGCGGCAGGUGCUGGAGGCCUACGGCCGCUAUCACCGGGACGAGUUUGAGGCCUUCUUCAACCGCGGGCUCGUCCUCGGCCUCCUGCAGCGCGGCUACGGCGAGCUGAGCAACCGCGAUCCCGCCAUCCUCGACUACAUCCAGGCGGGGCUGCGCCUCAUCAUGAGCUGCCCCUCGGUGCUGGAGCUCUUCGAGCUGCUGCAGGUGGAGGCCCUGCGGCUGGUGUGCGAGCGGCCGGCCCCGCCGCUCUGCGCCCGCCUCUGCCAGCUGCUGGGCGACUUCCCCCAGUGCCUGCCCCGCGGCAGAAAACUCUCCCUCGCCUUCUGCCAGCAGCUGGUCCGCAGCAUCGCCCACUUCCAGAGCCAGGGCAGCCGGGAGGCCGAGCUGCGACUCUACGUCUCGCAGGUGACUCAGGUCAGCGGGCUGCUGCGGAGCGUCUGGAAGGCCGAGCCCGACACCCUGCUGCCCUCCUUGCAGGAGCUUUUCGCCGUCAUCUCCGCUGCCGAUACUUCAUUUGAACCUUCUGUUGCACUGGCAAGUCUUGUGCAGCACAUACCAUUACAGAUGAUUACAGUACUCAUCAGGAGCCUUACUACAGAUCCAAAUGUGAAAGAUGCAAGUAUGACUCAAGCUCUGUGCAGAAUGAUUGACUGGUUGUCCUGGCCUCUGGCACAGCAUGUGGAAACAUGGGUGAUUGCACUGCUGAAAGGACUGGCUGCAGUCCAGAAAUUUACCAUCCUCAUCGAUGUCACUCUGCUCAAGAUUGAAUUGGUCUUUAAUCGACUUUGGUUUCCUCUAGUGAGGCCUGGUGCUCUUGCUGUCCUUUCCCACAUGUUACUUAGCUUUCAGCAUUCUCCAGAAGCUUUUCAUUUGAUUGUCCCACAUGUGGUCAGCUUGGUUCACUCCUUCAAAAGAGAUGGUUUACCUUCCAGUACAGCCUUUUUGAUGCAGUUGACUGAGUUGAUACACUGUAUGAUGUAUCAUUAUUCAGGAUUUCCAGAGCUCUAUGAACCCAUACUCGAAGCUGUUAAGGAUAUGCCCAAACCCACUGAAGAGAAGAUUAAGAUGAUUCUCAGUCAGAGUGCCUGGACUUCUCAAUCCAGUUCCUUGCCAUCUUGUUUAUCUAGACUUUCUGGAAAAUCUGAAACUGGGAAGACAGGUCUAAUUAAUCUAGGAAAUACUUGCUACAUGAACAGUGUUAUUCAGGCACUUUUUAUGGCUACAGAUUUCAGAAGACAUGUUUUAUCUCUGAAUCUAAAUGGGUGCAAUUCACUAAUGAGAAAAUUACAGCAUCUUUUUGCAUUUUUGGCCCAUACCCAGAGGGAGGCAUAUGCUCCUCGAAUUUUCUUUGAGGCUUCCAGACCGCCAUGGUUUACCCCUCGAUCCCAGCAGGAUUGCUCAGAAUAUCUCAGAUUCCUGCUAGACAGGCUGCAUGAAGAAGAGAGAACCUUGAAAGCAUUGUCUUCAACAAAGACUUCUGAAAGUAUAAUAAAUGAAGAGUCCCAGACACAAGAAGCUGUUCGUAAAGCACAAGUAUUUGCUGAAGCGCCUUGUAUGGGAAGUGAAGAAAGAACUCUGAUAGAGAAGAUGUUUGGAGGAAAAUUGAAGACUACUAUAUGCUGUUUGAACUGCAAAAGUAUGUCUCAAAAGGAAGAAGCUUUCACAGAUCUCUCUCUGGCUUUCUGUCCUCCAACUUCCCUGGAGAGUGUUGGCCCAAAAUGCGCGGAGCGUUCUGAAGUGAAAGACGACUACAUGGUGCAAACUAAUACUUCAGCAACUAGUCUUGCUGGAGAAACACCUCCCAGUAAUUUGGAAGCAAAUGGUGGAUGUGACACAAUAAUGAAUGAAGGAACCAUAAAAGAGUUUUCUACUGAGCCAAGCUCUGAGAAUACUACAAACUCUGAACUCAACAAAGUUGAAGAUAAUAGGGAUAUGUCUCAGAGGCUAGUAGGUAAAAACACCCUGUCCGUUACAGACUUACUGAAUUAUUUUCUGGCACCUGAGAUCCUUAGUGGAGACAAUAAGUAUUAUUGUGAAAAGUGUGCCUCUCUACAGAAUGCUGAGAAAACUAUGCAAAUCAUUGAGGAACCUGAAUACCUCAUUCUCACUCUUUUGAGAUUUUCAUACGAUCCAAAGUAUCAUAUAAGGCGCAAGAUCUUGGACAAUGUGUCUCUGCCACUUGUUUUGGAACUGCCAGUCAAAAGAGCAACGUCCCAUCUAUCUGUAGUUUCGGGAGGUUGGUCUGUUGGUGUUGAGAUUUCUGAUAUUGGAGAAAAUCUUGCUAAAAAACUGAAGCCCUCAGGUGCUGAUGAAGUGGCCUGCCCACAGUUGGUGCCCUACAUGUUAAGUUCUGUGGUGGUACAUUCUGGUGUAUCCUCUGAAAGUGGACAUUAUUAUUCAUACGCUAGAAAUGUUACUGGGUCAGGGCCUUCAGGACUCUGCCACCAGUCUACAGCUCUUUCUUUAGUUUCUCCUCAGGAUAAGUUGUUGACAGAGGAGAGUCCUUGUACUGUCGUAGAAAAUGAGCUGGACACUGAGAUGCCAAGAGAAUGGUUUCUGUUCAAUGACAGCAGAGUGACAUUUACCUCAUUUCAGUCAGUCCAGAAAAUUACCAGUAGAUUUCCAAAGGACACUGCUUAUGUUCUGUUUUACAAAAAACAAAACAGCACCUGUGGCUUCAACACCAAUACAGCAAAUGGACUCUGGGUAAAUGGAGACCCUCCCCUACAAAAAGACCUCAUGGAUGCAAUUACGAAAGAUAACAAACUGUACUUGCAGGAGCAAGAGCUUAGUGCUCGAACACAAGCACUUCAAGCUGCCUCAGCCUCGUGCUCUUUCCGACCCAAUGGAUUUGAUGACAACGACCCCCCGGGAAGUUGUGGACCGACAGGUGGAGGAGGAGGGGGUGGGUUCAGUACUGUUGGUAGAUUAGUCUUUUGACUACGAAGACAACCUGGAAUACACUGGUUCCGAAGCAGCCCGGUACUGCUGAGGACAACUAAAAUACUGAACUUUGUCAGACAUUGUACCAAGCUUUGAGACUUGAUCCUUGUUCAAAAGCAAAUGUUGGGGUGUUUCUGGUUAUGUUUUAUUUGAAAUAAAUAAGUGCAUAAUGGAAAAAAAACUACCUCUUAAAAAUUCAGUUGCUUUUAUAGUAAGAUAUGCUUGCCCAAAAGACAGAAAAUGGAGAUUUUUUUUUAAGUAGUUGCUAAUGACACUGCAUUAAACUGAACAAAUGCACUUGGAUCAGUUUCUAUUGUCCUCAUCCACUGAAUGAAGAAAGCUCUUUUUUUUUUUUUUUUUUUUUACUCCUGAUGGUAUUGUCUUAUGUAGAAAUCCUUUUCAGAUGGGCUAAACUGCAUACAUAGUCUCUCACCCCCACCUUAUUUUCAAAUCUGGUACCUUUAUGGAUUUCCAGAGGUGAUGCAAUUUAUAAUGAAGGCAAUAACUUAAAUGUGACAUGAGACAGUACUUUCCAGAUUAAAAAUUAUUCAAUAUAUUUCCAGUGUAAAUGCAAAGAGGAAAAAUAAUUUAUAAAUAUUUGCUAAGUUGUUUUCCAAAAAAGUGCAUGUUCUGUAGGAACAAUGUUUUUAAAUAGAAAUUAUUAACUUUGUAGCAUUUCUGAUUUGUUUUAAGGAUUUUAAAAUUAUUUCAGGGAAUAUAUCUGCUCUGUAUUGGAAAGGAAGAGAUUCUGUAUGUGCCUUGCAGUACUGUAAUUUAAAACAAACUUUCUGAGGCUGCAGAAAAGGGGAAAAAUGUGUUAGUAGUGAAUUAUUUCUUUUGUCAGUAUUAGAAAUCAAUGCGUUUAUAGAAAGCUAUUAGGUUUCCAGAAGUAAAAAGUCUGGUAGUUUGAAAUGCAGUGUGUUGCCCAUUAUUUUUUGAUUAAAAAAUACAUACCUAGUGAUCUAUAACUUUCAUGGCCUGCAUGGCUAAGAAAAAGCCGGUCAUAAAUACUGCUUGUGAAAUCGCAGAGAGGCUAUCUGUAUUAAUCCUUGCUGAGGAUCUGUGCUUCUAAGAGUCCUUUGAAGUUUUGCCUUCUGAUUUUGCUCGUAGUGAGAGGUUUCUGGUGAGUUCAGAUUUUAACUGUCUGUGGAAGACCAAAAUGAUGCUGUAUAUGGAGCAGCGUUUGCUCGUUGGGCCAGCAGAGGUUGAGGAUCCCCUCUUUUAGUCUUGGCAGGAAUAGCAACUUUUCUUUUUGAUGUGCAAUGAGGAUAACAAGUAAAGGAGUUACACUGUUUAAUCUGGUGAUUAAUUCUUAACUUGAAUAAUCUUAUAGUGAAGUGUAAAUUUAUUUAAAGUAUUUUUACAAAAUUCUGCACUGUUUUACUGUGGUUUUAUAUUCUACUAGGUGACAAAGUGCAUCCUUAAAAAGCAUGCGAACCUGGCAGGUGAUAGUUAUCUGUGCAAAAUAAAUUUCUUAGAAAAUGCCUUUAAAAAGCAUAAAGUAAGUUGAAAAAAUUAAACCUUGUUCAUAUGGUAUCAAAUAUAUGGAAUUUAGUCUGAAAGGUAACUUAGCUUGCAAGCUAUUUUUAUAUUAUCACUAAAACUAUGCUAUUUGCUCUGCUAUAGGUUUGUAUGUUACUGCUCAAGAAAGCUGGAGCAGCUCACUUUCAUUCUUUAAUAGUUUCCAAGCUUUGUUUUGACUGUAGUACCUUGGCUUUGACCUACACUUCCAUUGCUAUCUCAGUUGUAGGUCUCUGAACUGGGGUUCAGCUGUGGAAAUGUGGAAUGUUAUGAGACUAGUGUGAGGAACGUUCUCAUUUCAUUGUCCUUGGACGAGGUUUUCUUGAAAACUCACUUCGCCUUGAAAUUCUGUAACUUUCAGUCUAAGAGGGUUUUUUAUUUCCUUUUAGGCUUCUCUGCCAGUUAGCUCUGGUUUUAAAAUGUUUUAUAUGACAGGUUAAUUUGUCUUUUCUCUCUGAAAUUGAGGACACACUAAAAAGCUGCCUACUGUUUGCAUUACAAUGGGAGUAUUUUGUCUCUCUGUAUGAAUUUACUAUUCAUUUUAAAGCACUAGUAAGUAGAAGAAGGGGCAAGUGUUUUUACUCUAUAUGAAAUCAUAAUUUUGUAAAGGUCAGUCUUGUUUUUAUGUUCUCACAGUAAAAAUACAAAUUAUGUAGCCUACCUAAAAAUAAUGUGCAGUAUGAGUUUUGUAUACCUAUUGUACUAUAUUUCAUGAGCUCUUAGAAGGCUUUAUACACCCUUGUUUGCCUGUUCUAAAUUAGGUGUUAAAUAUGGAGAUUUUAUGAGAGUAAUGCCAAUAGGGUUGGAUCUCCUUAGGUAUAAAAUGAUGGUAUGUCUCAAACUGAAAAUAACUUCUUUCUUUCCCCUUGUUGACUUCUGUUGACUCAGUUACUUUGGGUUUUACAAAUAGAUUUUAAAAUUCAAAAUAACUAUUUACAAGUCUGCUUGCUGACCUGACAACCGUCACAGGCCAAUUCAUACCUAGCUUGGAAGGUUUCAAUAAAACUAGUGAAAGUGGAGAAGUAUCUCACACUCUAAAAUGUACACUUUUUUCAUUGUUUACAGUAAUGGUGUUGCAUGCUCCUAUCUUUUGGACAUAAUGUGAGAGAACAAUGUACAUAUGGUACUUUGAUUUCUGUUGCCUGUGAAUGAAUGCUGGAUGGUUUGUUUAUUGAUGUUUUUGGCUCCAUUCUUGAUUUGUUUUCUAAGUUGAAUUGGUAGAAAGAUACAAAAUACAUAACACUGUUUCUGAAGCUUAGGUGUUUUUGUUGUUUCCUCUCAUGAAAGAUACCAAACUCAAAGACUUUUGACUUUUAAAAUCACGUUUCCUUUUAACAAGACAAAUUGUGUUUUGGCUUUGUUUCAGUGGAGUUGUACUAACUUUUGUCCCUGUAGUUCAUUUUGUACACUUUUUUUCCAUCUGGAGCAUUACAGUAGAUUACUGUGAAUGUCACCCCUAUAAAAAGUGAUUACUAUGUCUACAAGCCCAUUUAUCCAGGAUGAGGAGAGAAAAGGCUGCUUUGGAUAACCACACAAAUCAUGCCUUCUGGCUCGCUCUUUUUCCUUCCUUUCCCCCUGUUCCACCUUGUUCCCUACUCUAGAAAGUUAAAUAUCUUAUCUUCUGUAUGCUUUGGAAGUUUAAUUCCAUGGGUAAGCCUUUCUUUUUUUUUUUUUCCUGUAGCAGGAAGAUUGUUUAUGGAGUCAGAAUGCUACUUUUUUUUUUUUUAACAAAUGACAGGUGAAGGGUGGAAGCACUGUGAGCUAAAGGAGCAUCAGAACAAAAGCAAGUGGGUAUAAACUCUCUGUAAAUAAGAUUUAGAUUAGAAAUGAAGUUCCUCAUUACCAGAACUAAUUCUGGAACAGCCUUCCAGGCAGAGACCUGCUUUGAAGGAAGAGCCAAGUAUGUCUAUGAAAGAAAUUAAAUGCAAAAUGGUGUCUGAAUAGUAGGCAACUAGACUUGAUAAACCAGAGGUCUCUUCUAGUCUCUUCCUAGAGUUUUGCACUUCUGUUGGGCUCCCCAGCUUGACACAUUGCCAGUUUUGUUUUUGAGGCUCAAAGAUGAAAGUGUAAAUGAAGGGAACACUAAACUGUGACAUAAUAACAACAAAGAUUGACUGCUCAAUUUUGGGUGCUCUUGGCCUCUGAUUUAGGCGUGUGGGGCAUAAGAAUUAUGAAGCAAUAGAAAGUAGAAGAUACGAAGACUUGUGAUCCAAAGAAACGUGCUCAGUUUCUAACACAAGGACCAUUCCCUAGUUAACAACCUACUAUGGGAUAUAAUGGGUUGUAGCACUUGAUAUCCUCAGUAGGCUGUAAUCAAAUGUAAACUUUUGGUCUUUUUCAGUGGGUGAGCAAAUGAUCUGUAAUCUAAAUGAGAUCAGAACAGGUGAUCUUAAAAAUUUCCAUGUUCCCUACAGCCAGUCAUCAUAGGUCUACCUUAACCUGAAUUCACAACUAUGAGUAAUAUGCUCUUAAAUCAUAUAGGUGCCAGGUCAAAUGUAAUAGUUGAGAACCGAAAACUUGUGAUGCUGUUUGGCUUGUGUAUAACACUAUGUUCUGCAUGGACUUAAGAACUAGUGAGUACCCCUGUUUCAGCAGGUGGUUUAAAGGGACAUGGCCCAUAAGGUGAGCUCUGGCUGUGGUCAGUAUGCUGGCUGUGAUGUGUAGGGUGGCAUUUGCUUACCACAUGUGCUUUUUAUUUUUUUUAAAUGUACAUGCAUCCCCCCCAUUCAACUGUGAGUCUUGCUUCUGCUUGAAUGAAAGUAUCUAGAUCAAAGGGAAAACAAACAAACUUAAACCUAGACAGAGUGAAGCAGAGGUGAACACUCUUUAAAUACAAGAUGCUGCUUUCUUAUUUAAAACACAAGUAUUUUUUUUUCAAAGUCUGCUGGAUUCUAGUCAGGUACGUUGAUUCAGGGCACACACUUCUUGUUCCUUUUUUUCAGUGUGGAUAAUAUUUUUAGGAAUCAGUUGAAAAAGUGCUGGAAUAGGAAUGUCAAAACACACAACCUGCCACUGCUGCCUUGGUAAACAGCCUGCUACCACAUGCACAGAAAUGCUGGGAUUCUUUCUGGCUGGCUUCCCCAGAUGCUAACUGGGAAGAGCAGCUGGCGCCUGUGAACUGUGCCUUACUGGGUGGCCAUUCAGGACCUUCACCAUCAUCUGUGGGUGGCCAGAGACAGCCACCCUGGGGUGCUGCCUCAGCAUGUGUCUGCCAUGGGGGCUGCAAGAGGAGUCUGAGGUGUAACAGCCAGCCCCACUGCUCAGGCGCUAGCUUAAGUGGGGCAGAGUCCCCAACCCCUUCAGUGACACCUCAAGUCCCAGAGCAGGUAACUUGGGGACCCCUUGCAGCCCUGACAGAGACCGGCACCUGUGGCAAGCAACAUGUGGAGUGGGAAGGAUGGGCAGGGGAGUGGUGAAGGAGAGAUGCUGGUGCAAGAAUGAUAUGAGACUACCGAACUGCAAAAAGGAAAGCAUGGCUUGAAUCUGAUUUAGAGGUUGGCUGUUUUAAUGGUAGUUUUACAUGUAUCUGCUAUAAAGUUGUAACUGUAGUGUAAUUCCACCAAAGGAUACUCUGUCAACAAUGCUUUAUACCCAAGCCUAAUCCUUCUAAAAUUUCAAUUAUAUCAGCGUGCUUGAGCAGAAAAAAAGCCUCUCAGGGGCCACACUGAAAAUAUGCUGCUGAGGGGAAUAUUUCAGAUUGACAUUAAAAAAUUAAUUGAGCAACAGAAUAUGUGAUUGUGCUAGCAGCUAUAGUGUCACACAGCAUCCUCGAGGCCAGUGGUCUCCAAACUUUUUUUUUAUUGCAUGCCCUAUCAGGAAGAACUUCAAGUGUGCACCCAAUAUAUCUAUAUUUAUUUAUAAAUUAUAUAUGUACUACUGUCCUAAUAUAUUAUAUACAUACACAAGAGUAGAAAUAGGAAAAGUGUGAGAUGAAGAUGAAAUAAACACUUUUUAAAUUAUUUAAAAUUCUAUUUAUUAAUGGUACAAAAAAUGCUUUCUUCUUGCACCCAAAUGGAUUGUCUUGCACACCCCCUGGGGUGCAUGCACCUCACUUUGGAGACCAUUUCUCUGGGCUAUAGUCUUGAAAAGAGUUUUAACUUGAUGGGAACAGGUAUCAGAAUUGACCUGUUGAUAAUAGUGGUUUCUUUUACUUGGUGAAUAUAGGCUGUUGUCAUUACUUUAUGCUGCAUGACCAUGUUUUUAUCUGUGGUUAUUCUAAGUUCUUAUAAAAUUUGAUGCAAGGGCUGUGAACUGUUUUACCACUUGUUUUCCUACUGUGUGCACUAAAUAACAGCCUUAGGUGGUUUGCAGAGAUGCAAAGCCAUUCCAGUUCUGAGAGGAGGCCAUAUCCCUUGCCAAACGCAGGAAUGUGUUAGUACUUGGCUUUAAAGGUUAGUACCAUUUUUCAACUGACUCGCCCUUCUUCAAGUGUUCUCUAAAGAAUUGCAGUAUUUAGUGCUCAGCUCCUUAAGAGAAAGUUACUUAAUUGUCUUGCUGUAUGUUUCAUGGUGUUUAUUUAUUGAACUAAGGUUGAAACAAUUUUUGCAGUAUGCCUGUUCUUAAAUCUUGUUGUUGUAAACUGGCAUAAAUGUUUAAUAGUAUUUCAUAUCAAUUUUUAAAAAUGGAUGGGGCAAAUGGGUGUUUUAUUGUACACAUGUUGGGCUACAUAAAGAAGUCAAAAUAUAUAUUUUUGAAUGCCUCAGAAGCUGUCUGAAAGUACCUAAGUCAUUAUGUGUUUGACUUGAGUUGAAUGAUAGAUGUUCUAGUAAAUAUAACAGUGGUGGGGUUUUCUUUAUUGGAAUUGUAAAUUAUAUCUGUAAAUAUCAGCUUGAAGGAUCUCACGCAAAAACAUGGAAAAUAGUCAGAGCAGAGAACUCCUAAUGGGCCAACUAGAUCUGGAGAACCAAGUCUAGGCAGUAGCUGACUCAUUAUUUCAGUUGCAGUGAUAUGACAGUGUUUCAUUUGAGUUGUCUUCUCAAUCGGUGUUACUUAAAUUUUCAAAGAUGAUGAAAUUACCUUCAGCUUGUUGAAUUAAUAAAGAACAUCAUCAGUGGUUAAAAUGUAGCUGUCUCAAUGAACAUGGAACUUAUGGCACAGAAACAUUCAGCCCUCCUGUAAAUAAAGACAAGGUUCUCAAA